UGCAGAUGACAAGACACACAUUUCCUCCUGAAGAUAGAACUCAAGGAAACCUUGCACCGUCAGCAUGUCUGCUGCUUGGAUAAAGCUCCUAACCAUCCUUUGUCUCACCUGCACAGUCCUGAGUGACCAAGGAAGAGAUGGAGUGGUAUGGAGAAAACCUGGAGAAGACAUCACUAUCCAGUGCAGGACCUCUCAAAGAGCCACUUCUGUGUUUUUGAACAAGGGUCUCAGUCAGGAGGUUCAAAUCUUUUAUAAGAACCAAGAUUCAAAUAAAGACAACAUUGCCAAAGAAGUCACAAACAGAUUUCAGCUAAAUGGAGCAUUUCCCAACAUGGACUUUCUCAUCAAAAACUUGACCUCUGCUGACACAGGGCCCUACUGGUGCAUCUUCAAAAGGUUUGAGUUCAAAUCCGCCAGUACCAAAGUUUUGGAAAGCAAUGGAUCUGUACUCCUGGUGGUGACAGAUGAGAGGUCUGCAUUUGCAAAUCCAUCUCCUUCACCUGGCACUGCAAAGCAGGAGUGUGAAAAAGUACAUGUGAAUCUGGUCCUGGUGUGUGUUGUGGUCUCUGUUGCUGUGCUGCUCUGCUUCAUCGUGAUCGCCCUCACAUGGAUCUUCAUUAAGACCAAGAAGUUACACUCUACAGUGAAACCGACACGUGUCACCACCAAUGAUGUUUAUGAAGAAAUGCGUGGAACGCUCAGACACUGAAGAUGUCUGCCUGCAAGCAAGCAACCUGAAACUCCAUAUCCUUAAACUCUGCACCACCACUGAGGUACAAGUGAUGCAUGUGAAGCACUGUGGCAACUCACCAUGUUCUCCAACAUGAUCUGUUAUCUCUUCAGGUCCGUGUGUGUCUGAGUGUAUGUCGGUGAAAGUCACUUAAGACAAGAAGGUGUGUGAUUUGCAAAAAGGUACAACAUGAGAUAAGCUGGAUUGCCACUUAAGAUUAUGUAGAAAUGGUUUGGCAUGAUGUAUAAAAUUACAUAACACAACUCCACAACUUUGAAAAUAGUCUUUGAGUGGCAAAAAAUCUAAACUGGAAUGUAUCUUUUGAUGCAAUGUAUUUUUAAUGUAAAUAUCUUUCCUCUAAUUUCAGUAAUUUCUUAUAGUUUUGUACAAAGUUUAUAACAGCAUUGCAGAUGAUUUAUUGAAUUAAUAAAAGUGGGGUUCAUUUGAAUGCCAUAUGUACAGUAUAUAUAGAUACUAUGGACUGUAACAGUAAUAACUGUAAUUUUCCAUCUACAUAUAUAAAACAAUAAAUUUGAGAGAUGUGUAGCAAUGUUUAACAUAAUCA